AUGGGGGGAAACCAGUCGUGGGUCACGGAGUUCGUGCUGCUGGGAUUCCAGUGCAGUGCAGAGACGGAAGUGCUCCUCUUCUGGGUCUUCUUCCUGCUCUAUAUCUUCAGCCUGUUGGCUAAUGGCAUGAUCUUUGCACUCAUCUGCCUGGACUGCAGGCUACACACCCCCAUGUACUUCUUCCUCUCACACCUGGCCGUCAUCGAUAUGUCCUAUGCUUCCAACAGUGUCCCCAAGAUGCUGGCAAACUUAGUGAACCAAAAUAGAACCAUCUCCUUUGUCCCGUGCAUUAUGCAGACAUUUUUGUAUUUGGGUCUUGCUGCUACAGAGUGCCUGAUUUUGGUGGCGAUGUCCUAUGAUCGGUACGUGGCCAUCUGCCACCCCCUGCAGUACACUGUCAUCAUGAACUGGAGUGUGUGCACGGUCCUGGCCAUCACUUCCUGGUCGUGUGGAUUUGUCCUGGCUCUGGUACAUGCGAUUCUCCUUCUAAAGCUGCCGUUCUGUGGGCCCCGGGAAGUAAACCACCUCUUCUGUGAGAUCCUGUCUGUCCUCAAGCUGGCCUGUGCUGACACCUGGGUCAACAGAGUGGUCAUCUUCGCUGCUUCUGUCUUUUUCUUAGUUGCGCCCCUCUGCUUAAUGCUGGUCUCCUACACGCGCAUCCUCUGGGCCAUCCUGAAGAUUCAGUCAGGGGAGGGCCGCAGGAAGGCUUUCUCCACCUGCUCCUCCCACCUCUGCGUGGUCGGGCUCUUCUUCGGCAUAGCCAUGGUGGUUUACACAGUCCCAGACUCCAGUCAACGAGAGGAGAAGGAAAAAAUGCUGCUGCUGUUUCACAGCCUCUUUAACCCAAUGCUGAACCCCCUCAUCUACAGCCUGAGGAACGCUCAGGUGAAGGACGCCCUGUAUAGGGCGCUGCAGGUGAGGUCCAGGUGA